AUGCCGACGAAAUCAUUUGUUGAGAUUGUUCCGAAGUGUAUCGUCGCCUUUAUAGAUUAUCAUGAUACUCCUAAACUUCUUAAGAUGGCUUUUGGGAUCAGAAUCCCCUUUGAAUGGUAUGAAGGGUGUCUUCCAAGUCUCCUUAGACUUUUAAGUCCCAUAGUUGAUCAUUCACAAGCUUCUCAACGUCCUACACUCACAACGCUUGCGCUUCUUGUUGAGGGCUUCUAUGGCGUUGGAGUCAUUAGUCAACCUCCUCAUUGGCUAAAAAGUGUAGUUCUCCUCGGCUGCCCUAUCAGUGUAAUGUAUUAG